AUGGAACCGCAUAUAUAUAAACACCCCGCACAGCACCCUCGGGACAUGGACAGAUACGCGACCAUGAAAGUCUGCCUCACACUCACCGUUCUCCUCCUGAUCGCUUUCGCCGGUGUCAACGGACGUGAGUUCGUGAUGCUUAAUUUCAUUCUUCGUGAUCUUUGGCUUUGCUCAUCAGCGACGUUCUGAGUCGACGACGAAGGUGAUAUUUACUAUCAAAUAGGUGAGAUAUGCUAUCGAACCGGUCACGAUUGUCGGUACGACUAUGAAUGCUGCGGUGGCGACUGUGCCUGGUACGGCGCGUGUCGAUAA